AUGGCCAUUCAGUUAACGGAUCUUCUGCCUACUGACCAAGAAGGACUGCAAAAGGAAACUGCAUAUCUUUGUCGACCAACUAAACUUUCCUUUUUAGGAAAACAAAAAGCAAAUGAAAUAUCAUCAGAAAGACCAGAUAAACCUUCAAUUCUCGACCUACCAUUAGAAAGUGAGCUAGAAUUAGCUAUUGCCCGAGUAACUAGAUCAAGAGAAGAGAUAGAUAUGGCCAGAAAGGAAAGGGGAAGAAGAAUAACUCUAAAUCAUCAGGUUCAAAAGAAUCAAUGGGCCAAAAAGAUCAAAAGCAGAUCUUAUCGGAAGAGUAAAAGAGAAGAAAGAGUAGCUAAAGCAGCUGCCCUAGCUGAAGUACAACAUGCUGUAACUAGUGGUGUAGAUGCAAUAGAUACAAUAGAUGGUAAUGAAGUAGGUUUAGUAGAUAAGAAUCGUAUAGUAGAUAAGAGUCUUAUGGUGAAUAAUGGUAUUAUAGAUAGUGGUAUAUCUAUUCCAGAAGUAUCUGAGCCAAAUACUAAGCCAAAACCUUUAGAUAUCUUUCAAUCUUAUGCCCAGCCUAUUCAACAUACUCAGAUAGAAGAGAUCUUAGAGAUUAAUACUGAUUUUGAUGAAGAAAAACAACAAGAGAUAGCUAAAGACUUGCCUAAAGAAGAAGAAAGAGUUCUACCGGGUUGGAAUUCUUGGGGUGGUGAAGAUAUUAAGCCAGUUAAAACUAGUGCUAAUACAACUCUUUAUAAGCGAUCAGGAAUUGAACUAAGAAAGAGAAAGGACUUUAAAGUAUCUCAUGUGAUCUAUAAUGAACGAGCAACGCAAACCAGAAAUGCAAAGUAUGCUAUUAAAGCUCUACCCCAAGGCUUUAAAUCUGAAGAAGAGUAUCAAGAACUCCUGGCCUUCCAACUAGACCGUACUAAGCAGCCUAUCUCUCUCCUUAACAAACUCAUCCGAGAAGAGAAGAACUUACAGUAA